ACACGCGCUAGUAGAAUACAAUAGAAAAGUUUACAAAAAUGUUGUACAUAAUAUGUUUGAUAGUGGUGAGUUUGGUGUUGUUUUUAUACAUCUUCUGGGAUGUUAAUUACUUUCUUCGUAUGACUCUCAUUAUUUUUAUUGGGAGGUUCCAAAAGAAAAGCGAGAUCAAGGACGCAACAUGCAUUUACGGCUUUUGUACAACUCAAGAUGUUGACUUCUACUUUACUCAUAUGAACAAUGCUCGUUAUGUUCGGGAACUAGACUUUGCAAGGGUCCAUUUCUAUGAUAGAAUAGGCAUUUAUCCUAAUAUGAAAGCAGUCAAAGGUCAUGUACUCCAAGGUGCGACCAGUAUUCGAUAUAGACGACCCAUACCCAUAUUCAGCGCAUACAAAAUAGAAACUAAGUUGGCAUAUUGGGAUGACAAAUCGCUUUUUAUUGAACAAAAGUUUAUUACAUUUGAUGGCUUUGUAAGAGCAAUAGUGUGGUCACGGCAGAAUCUCGUCAACAUGGAUACGGAUGCUCUCUUCAGAAACAUACCUGGAGCGGAAGUAAGGCCUGAAUGCCCCGAUGAAAUCAAGCACUGGAUCCAGGCCAUUGAAGUAUCCAGUGCGAGACUUAAAAAUAAAAAUUGAUAUUAACAUUUGUAUCAAUAGAUUUUUGUUGAUUUGUCAGUGGAUUCGAUUAUUGCGUUACCUACGCGCUUAUU